UUGACGGCGUUGUUUGUCUUAAAGUUCCAAAACAAGAUGGAAGCUGUAGCGUUGUUAAAUUUACUGCAAAGUUCUCUAAUAAUUGUUUGGAAAUAAUAAAUUUCGUGUAAUAUAACUCUUUGAAGAAUCGUGUGUUCCGCAAAUGUGUGAAACUACCAGUGGAUUGUACAAGGAAUCGCCGUUGGACGAUUAGAUCAAUAAACAAACAAGUGUAAUUGAUUGUUAAAUACCUCGCCUAGCUGGGGGAACGUGUUUCUAUUAUUUUAGUUUUUAUAGAAACCUAAAAAUGGCAAACAGUGUUGUAAAAGUAACUGAUAUCAGAGAUGAAGAAAUAGAUGACAGCUUACUUUUGCUUGUUGGUGAAGAUGGUACUGUCACCCCAGAUCAAGACACCGUGGAAACUUAUUUAAAACAAAGAAAUGGACCUACAAAUUUACAAAUUAUGAAAUUUAAUCGAUCUGAAAAACAGGGUAUUGACAUCACUGUUGAUAAUGUAACAUACAUACCUGAUGCAGUGACUGAAGAAGUUGUCAGGUGUGAUAUGGACGAAGUAGCAAGGAAUUUGUACAACUUUAGGUUAGAUCAUGAUUACACACCUUUAACAUCUCCUAGAAGAAUAGUCAUAACAGACGAUGAAGAUGAUGAAUUGGUCAGAACACUCAGGAUUCUGGAUGGUCCAGAUACAGAUGUCAUAUCAAUGGAUCUUUCUGAACCUCCUCCUUUGAUAAUGACCAGCACACCAAAACCCAAACAACUUCCUAAAAUUAAAUUGAUACAGAGUAUAACUCUAACACCACCUAAUUUAAGUAAUAAUGUUGUAUCUUCACCUCAGUUAAAACCUGAGGUAAUACCAUCUUCUGCAGAUCCAGCUGAAGUUGAAAAAGAUCCUGAAAUGCCUGCUUUAGAACCUAUAAAGUCAGAGGUGCAGAAAAUUAAGGAACUUUCUCUUACAAAAAUUGUACCAAGCAGAGCAAAAAUGAAAACAGUUAAACCCCAAAAAUUGUUUAAGAAUAAAGUGCUAAAAAAUAAAAAGCAAGUGAAAGAAAAAGAAGUGGUGGAAGAAGAGGACAAAGACAGUCAGGAUGAUGAAGAUGAUUAUGUAGGGGAUGAUAUAAACAUAUCAAUGGAUGAUGAUGACACUGAUGAUUCAGAUUUUGUCAUAGAAGAUGAAGUGAAAACAAAAAUUUCUCAGAAAAGGCCUUCCCACAAGUUAUCAAAAUCAAAACUUAAACCCUCGAGAAGUCCAAAAAGGAAGAGCAAAGAAAUAAGAGAAGAGCCUAAGAAAGAGUUACCUUCAGAAGAUGUUAAAAAGCAGAAACCUCAAGAGAAGAAAGAAGAAUUAAAAUCUGAAGAAAAACAGACUGAAAAAGAAAAAACUGAUGAUCUAGAUGCAAAAUCUUUAGAAAAGAAACCAGUAAAAAAAGAAAAGAAGCUUCCUAAACCAAUACCUAAUGAUUUUGCUUUAUUUUCUACCCCAGAUAUUAUCAGGAGAGUUGGUGGAAAAGAACCAACUACUCCAAUCACUCCAGAACCUAUCCCUAUCAAACCAGCGAAAAUUGGUGAGGUCCCACGAAAAUCUUUGGAUUUACUACAGUCGCAAAUCAAAAAUCGAAAAAGUAUUGAUGAUAAAGAAAAGGAAAUGGAAAAGGACAAGGAUAAAAAUGUAGAGCAUAAAAUCAAAGAAAAUAAGGAAAGAAGGAUUAGUGGAGGUGAUUCUAAGCCUAAAAGAUUGAGUUUGGAUGAGAAAUUAAAGCCUAAAGAGAUGAAAUCUGAAAGAAGAAUAUCAGAUGCCAAGAAACUUGAUAAAAUUAAAGACAGCAUAGAUCUACAUGGAGAAGAUAUUAGAGAUACGCUUCUUAAUGAGGAUACUAGACCUUUCCCAAUGGACACUACCCAUCUAAACAGCUCUUUAGAAUCUACUUUGGACACAACUGGGUUGGACUUGGAUCCAGCUUUACUAGACAAUCUGAACAAUGAUGAGAUUUCUGAGGAUAUUCUUUAUAAAGUUGCUCAAUCUUUGGUUUCUAAUCCUGAAAUACAAAAUGCUAUUGAUAAAGGAAUAAAUGAUGGAGUCUUAGAUCCUAUGCCUGUUGAUAAUGUGGUGUCAGCCCCAACUGUUGUUCAACCUUCUGCAAAUAAUGAUGACGUUAUGCAAGGUGCUACCCAAAUUGUGAGGCCAGAUGGAAGAGUUGUCAUCAUACCUCCAAUUGAAAGACCUACUACAAGAAGUAGAAACAAAAAAACUGAAGAAAUAAAACCAAUUUUCAAACCUGUACAUAAACCAUUAGAUGACGAGCAUGUAUCGGGGAAUGAACUUGACAGCUCAAAUGAUGAAGAAGAGGAGUCUGAAGAUGAUCCCAAUAAACUUUGGUGCAUAUGUAACCAACCACAUAAUAAUCGCUUCAUGAUUUGUUGUGAUACUUGUGAAGAAUGGUAUCAUGGCAAGUGUGUAAACAUUACGAAAACAAUGGGACAGCAAAUGGAAGCAGAAGGCCGAGAGUGGAUCUGUUUAUUUUGUAAGGAUCCUUGUUUGAAAAGACCACAAGCAGCUGCAAGAAGAAUUCGUAAAGCUUCUAGAAAUUCCAGAACUUCAACUGAUAGUUCUGGAAGUGUUGCUAAGAAAGCAGACUCAUCUGCGAGUGCAAUACCUUGUGUUGUUUGCCAAAAACCAGCUAGAAAAAAUUCUAUUUAUUGUAGUGAAACUUGCAUUUUAGCCCAUGCUCAAGGAAUAGAGAGGGUGGUAGUUUUUGAAAGAUCCACUGGAAAAAUGUUAACAGGAAAUAAGGCACCUAGUGCAUCGAAUUUAGACCAGUGGCUCAAAGAACAUCCUGGAUAUGAAGUAGUCAGAUCUGGUGGUAAAGUUGUUACAGCAAAAGCUGGCAACUUAGCGCAAACAAAAUUAAAGUUAGUUAAAAACGUUAAUAAUCAUGGCGUCUCUCUGGCUGCCCAAAAAAAAGGUGGUAUUAGCGUUGGAGUCAUUAAACACUCGCCAAAGCAGCAGCAGCAGGAGCAACAACAACAACAUCAAAAAGUUAAAUCUGCGUUAAAAGCAUCGUUAACUGGAUUAAAGCAACCUAUACCGAAGCUACCAUUAAUGAGAGAAUCUUUAAAAUCGAAGUUGAUCGCGGAGCCAUUGAAAAGUCCGCCUGCAAGCACCCCUCCAAAAAUUCCUAAACUGAUACAAAGUACUUUGACAAAGACGAUGAAAAGUGCAGAAAAGGUACAAAAAAGUCCCAUCACUCCAAACAAGGAUAGACCUAUUGUAACUAAAGAAAGAACUAUGAGCACUGGUUCAAAGGAAAAAGCUGUCAUUCGAACUCCUAAACCGAAAAAGGUAGAAAAAGAAGAAACAACACCACAAAAACAACCAGAGAAUAUAAGAGAAAAUGUACAAAAGACUGUAUCUGAACAACUAAUGAAUCGUCUCAAAGGUAACGAGGAUUUGAAAUUGUCUGAAGAUGAAGUCAAAUCAAUAUCCACAGAGAUUGAAUCGCAAUUAUUUAAGUGUUUUGGUGAUACUGGUCAGAAAUAUAGGAAUAAAUACAGAAGUUUAAUUUUCAACAUCAAAGAUGUUAAAAAUCAAACAUUAUGGAGGAGAAUUUGCGAGAAAAGUAUAAAUCCUUAUGAACUGGUAAGAUUAUCUACUGAUGACAUGGCCAAUCAAGAGUUGGCUCAGUGGAGGGAAAAAGAAGCCAAACAUCAAUUGGAUAUGAUUAAAAAGUCAGAAUUGGAGCUGUUAAAUUGCAAUAGACAGUAUGUCUUAAAAACACAUAAAGGUGAACAAGUAGUUGAAGAUGACCAUGGUAAUAAAGUUGAUAACACAGAAGUAAUAAAGAGUUUAACAGAAGGUUCAGCAUUGGAUUCUGGAGAAACUAAAAGAGAUAAUUCAAAGGAACGCGACAAAAAGAAUAGUUCCAAACACAAUCACAAGGACAAAGAUAGAGACAGGGAGAGAAAGAGCAGCAAAGAAAAAGAUCACAGAAGUCACAGAUCUUCAAGUAGAGACAGAGACAAAGACAGAAGCAGACGGAGAUCAAGAAGUCGGGAUCGUAAACACAGUGACCGGAAAAAAAGGUCACAUUCAAAAGAAAGAGAUAGAAGUAGACACAGGAAGUCGUCUCAUAAAUCAUCUCGGCAUAAGAGAGAUAUUAUUUCAUCCACUGACAAGUUGGAUAAAAAGUCUAAGGAGAUCCUAGAACAACUUGUCGAUAACAAAAUUGUACCUCCUUUGGAGGAUAGAUUGUGGAAGCACGUGGCCCAGGAGGACAUUGUUCCAGGUAUGGCCAUUGAAAGUGAUAGUGAUCAUGAACCUACAUCAACUGUUACCAUCCCUACACCUCCAAGGAUUCCAGAAAAUGAAGAAGAUAAGAACUUACCAAUAUCCCCCGAAAAAGAAAAGGAUUUAAGCGACUUAACUAGAAGUACAUCGCCUCCACCAGUGAUCAAACCUACAGAAAUAUGGAGGGGUGUAAUUAACAUGAUAGAUGUUGCUGAAAUAUCCAUUACCGCCCAUGAAGUUUCCGGUGAUUGUUCAGGAUUAAAUAAAGAACUUUCUACAAACUUGGACAUAGUUGGUAGAAUAUCUCCAGAUACCGUUUGGGACUACAUCGGCAAGAUGAAAUGUUCUAAUAGCAAGUCUAUCUCUCUGAUACGAUUAAAUGCCACGAACAUGGAAGAAAAGAUGCCCUAUUUGGCAUUAUACAGCUACUUGAGCAGUAGGGAUAGGUUAGGAGUUGUGAAAAGUUUAAAUAAAGCAGUAAAAGAUUUUUAUAUUUAUCCUCUUGCACCUCAGAAACCUAUACCUCAAGUUUUAUUGCCUCUUAAUGGACCAGGUUUUGAAGAAUCUAGACCUGCUCUUUUGCUUGGUAUAAUCGUGAGGGAUAAGCGGAAACGGCCUUAUACAGAUUCUCUUCCCGUUUCCUCUAAGAAAACUAGAAUAGACACCCCACCGUUGCCCGUGGCUCCGCCUCCAGUUGCACCACCUCCGCCGCCCCCGCCACGUUCGUAUACGCCACCACCACCACCCGUCAACAAAGAUCCACGACUGGCUGCUAAAUUACCGCCUGUUGUUUUGCCACCUCCGGUUGUACCUCCUCCUAGAGAAGCUACGCCACCUAUUGUUGUUUCAGAAGGAGAUGAACCAUACAGUCCUGGAGAUUCUUCAGAUAAUUCACCCAUCAUAGAAGAUGUACCUGCACAAAAUCCUGCCUCUAUUCCAAUAAUUUCUUCAAUUUUGGAAACUUCUACACCAUCUCCAACUUUUUCAGCAAUACCUGGUCUUACUGCAGGUUUACCUUCAAGUACCCUUGAGGUGCAAAGACAAAUUGAAGAGCUAAAUAAGAAGAUCGAGAUGCAAAAAUCUGAAAUUACUAGCAUGACUCAAAACAUUGUAUCAGCAUCAACAGAAAUUCGUACUACUUCACUAGCAAAUAUCGCUUUGCCUACAAAUCUUCAACAAAUUUUAGAUAGCAUCAAAUCAAUAGGAGAUACUACAGAUUCGCCGGCACCAUCUACUAAGGAUCUUCCUCAAACAGAUCUCACAAUUCCCUUGAUGAUUCCGAAACGAAAUAAUAGACAGUUGAACAGCACACCCACCCCUAUACAAAAUGAUGUUCCCAGUGACACGAUACCGUUAAAAUUACCUAAUAAACCGAUACUUAAACUUUUAGCCAAUUCCCCUCUUAGAUCUCAAUCCGUCAGUUCUCCUGUACCAGAAGACAAACCCAGUGUACUCAGUUCUUUAACAGAAGAGGAAUUGAUUAAGAAAGCAGCAGAAAUGUUGGGAGAACAAGAAUCGACAGAUAAGAAGGAAGAUCCAGAGGAGAGUCCUCAAAAUGCUAAAAGGCCUAAAGUCGACGUGAUUUUACCACCAGUCCCGGGUAUUGAGGAUGACACUUAGAAUUAAAUGCUAGUACUGUGGUAUUUAGAUUACUUAGGCGUUAAUUUUAACGAUGGUUUAGCGGGCUCUGGGGCUUGACUAGGGCUGGGCGAUAAAUUAUCGAUUAUUUUGGAUGAAUCGAUUAUUUUGCCCAUCCCUAGACUCGGCAGUUAAUGAAAUUAUGAUAAAAUCUAUUAAAAAGCUGGCGAAAAAGUAAAGUUAAAUAAAAAUUAUUUAGGUAUUUUGGUAGUAACAUAAGAUUUACUUUUUUUCACAUUCGUACCAUAUCUUUAUAAUUACGGCUUUAUUUUUAAAAAAUCCUAAAAUGGUUUGUAAAUAUUUUUUAUUUAAUUUGUGGAAUCAUAUUUUUUAUAUUGAAAGAGUGCAAUUUAUUCAAGAACCAAAGAAAGUUAGAGAAGCCCCAAGGUCUGUUUUAUAAAUAUAAAAAUGUAUAAAAAAUAAAAUUUUGUACAGUUUUAGUAUUAGUAUUUAGAUUUAACCCUUAAUCGUAAUGUGUAAAUAAUUUUAAAUAGAAAACAGUUUUUCUAUAGUCAGAUUUAAUUGUAUCAAUUAUGUUUCACUUAAUUUAAAAGAUAAAAAUGGAGAGCAUGUUUUUAUUCUAUUACUACAUAUUUGUUUGUAAAAAGCUGUUUUAAAUAUCAAAAAUUAGAAAGAAAUAAAUUG